UUUCUUCUCCUUUGUCUCUUUUUUGUUGAACGCAGAAAGGAGAGAAUAUAUAUAUUUGUUAUUUCUUCUCCUUCUGUAUAUCAAUUUAUUGUUUGUUGUUCUUCGUCUUCUCUCUUUUUUUCAGAAACUUUUCGUUUCUGAUUAAGAAGAGAGAGAGGAGAAGCAACAAUUUUUAGGGUUUGAAUAAAUUGGAAGAAAAGGAAAGGAAAGAGAUGAAUGUGAUGCGUCGCCUCAAGAGCAUUGCUUCUGGACGAUCUUCCGUUUCCGAUCCUGGAGGGGAUAUUAGCCUAAAGAGACUGAAGAUUGAGCAAAAAGUAGAUCACAGGGUUGAUAUUGAAAUUCAAAUGGAAGAGCGAUGUACUAUAGCGCCAAAGGAUGAUGUGACUUCUACAUCUGAGGGAAGUGAUGCAAGUACAUUGACUGUCGAUACUAGGCAAGAAAAAUCUGGAAAGAAGGAGCUUCCAAAUGAAAUGAGAAUUAGAGAGAAAAACUCUUAUGACCACGAGGAUGACUUAAAGGAUAUGGAGCCUACUGUUGUUAGUGGUAAUGGAACAGAAACAGGCCAGAUAAUUGUGACUACUCUGAGUGGUCGAAAUGGACAGAAACAGACACUGUCUUACAUGGCUGAACGUGUGGUGGGUACGGGUUCAUUUGGAGUUGUAUUUCAGGCUAAGUGCCUAGAAACAGGAGAAUCUGUGGCCAUAAAGAAGGUCUUGCAGGAUAGGAGAUACAAGAACAGGGAACUACAGAUUAUGCGCAUGCUUGAUCAUCCUAAUGCUGUUCACCUGAGACACUGUUUCUAUUCUACAACUGAGAAGAAUGAAGUUUACCUUAACCUUGUUCUGGAGUAUGUGUCUGAAACUGUGUACCGAGUUUCAAGGCACUACAGCCGAGUGAACCAUCACAUGCCCAUCAUAUAUGUUCAAUUGUACACAUACCAGAUAUGUCGGGCUCUGAAUUACAUGCACAAUGUAAUUGGGGUAUGUCACCGUGAUAUUAAACCUCAGAAUCUUUUGGUUAAUCCACACACUCAUCAGUUAAAGAUAUGUGAUUUUGGAAGUGCAAAGAUGCUGGUGCCUGGGGAGCCCAAUAUAGCCUACAUUUGUUCUAGGUAUUAUAGAGCGCCUGAAUUGAUCUUUGGGGCUACAGAGUACACAACUGCAAUUGAUAUGUGGUCAGCUGGUUGCGUUUUCGCUGAGCUACUUUUGGGACAGCCUCUUUUCCCUGGAGAAAGUGGUGUUGAUCAGCUGGUGGAGAUAAUCAAGAUUUUGGGGUCACCAACUAGAGAGGAAAUUAGGUGCAUGAAUCCAAACUAUACAGAGUUCAAGUUUCCUCAAAUCAAAGCUCACCCGUGGCACAAGAUAUUUCAAAGAAAAAUACCCCCUGAAGCAGUAGAUCUGGCCUCAAGGUUGCUGCAGUAUUCACCAACUCUCCGAUGUACUGCUUUGGAGGCAUGUGCACACCCUUUCUUUGAUGAUCUGAGGAAACCAAAUGCUUGCUUGCCUAAUGGACGACCUUUGCCACCUCUAUUCAACUUCACACCUCAAGAACUUUCUGGUGCACGUACUGAACUGAGACAACGCCUUAUUCCUGAGCACACGAGGAAGUGAAUGGCGCAAAUGAAUUUUUUGAGAGGGGUCUAUUUUCCAUGUGAUCAGCAGUGUUCUACAGCAUCAAAUGCAGCUAUGUUCUAGGCCAGCCAAGGAUGGUGACAUGCAAUGCAGAAAGAGUCAUGUGCUAAUAUGAUCAGUGUUAGAGUUCACUAUGAAAUUCUUUUGUUUAUUAAGUUGAUGUGUUAGUGUAGAAUGCCCUAGGCAGUUCUAGAUGAGUUCACAUCUAUCAAUUUUUUUGUUUACAACAAACAUCUAGUUUGUGGGCAUUCAGAAGAUCAGUAGGUUCUUCCAAACAGGAUUACUAGUUGAAAUAGGUUUAUUUUUGUGUAUAUCAAUUUGAUUUGAUUUCUUCCACUUGCCUUAAAUAGGAAUGUGAAAUUCAUUACUUUAUGUAUUCUCUAAUGUCCCUUUGGAACUAUAUUUAAAUAAUCUCAGUUAUUCUCUGUC